ACCUGCGCUGCCGAUGGUGCGUGUAAUCCUCUACAAAAUGACUACCUGCGUGACUGUUCGUCGAUGUUGCAACGUGUUGGUGUUACAUGUACGCAAACCUGCAAGGACAGCUACCACAAGUUGUUGGGCAAUGCGAUAGGAAGAGAUUUCUAUCAAUGCAACUGCGGUACGGGUGCUUUGAGUGCUACCUGCCAGUCGUUCACCAACAACCUUUUGAGCAAUUGCUUCGGAGGUGUUGCGCCAACACCUCCACCCGUCGUGUCUGGCUCUGCCUCUACUGUCGUUGUUCAGUCUUGCAGCUCUGUUACAUCAUCGUGUGGAUACAACCCAACAUGCAAACCGCGUUACAUGAAUUACAUCCAGUCUUGCUCGACUGCUUUACUCGGUGUCCGCUGUUCUUCGCAGUGUAACCAGUCUUUCUAUGAGUUGCUGCGCCAUCCGGUUGGAAGUCAGUUUUUAGGCUGCUCGUGCGGAGAUGCUUCAGAUUGUAGCGCCAGUUUGGCGAACUUCUAUGGCACUUGCUAUAACGGAAGUAUCCCGGUAGCACCACCGACAGUCGUUAUCCCUACUUCUAACCCACCCGGUACUUGCGAGGCUUUUCAGGAAAAGUGUUAUACAUAUAACUACGGAACGUGUGGAUUGUAUUUUUUGAGGCUCAAUGGAUUAUGCAACGAAACGUGCAGAGCAGAUUGUGUUAAUGAAAUGCAGAAUCUGCUGUUGACCAUUCCGUAUGCAAGAGAAAUCCUGACGUGCAGCUGUAAAAAUGCCACCAAUUCGAUAUGUCGUGACAUUUUGGCAUACCAAAGAGAAUUUCUAGACUGCCUUGAAAUCACCUUGCCUCCUGCUGUUGUCACAUCUACACCUACACAAUUUCCAAGAGAUUCCUGUGAAGGUCUCCACCAAGUAUGUAUCCAACAACUUGGCGCACAAUGUGCGAGCUUGCAACAACAAGUGUUCGAAGGAAACUGCAGCUAUUUGAAUGCUCAAGGUGCUGCUAACUUGUCACUGCCAUGUACUGAUGACUGUCAAUCGAGCCUGCAAACAUUGGCAGCAAGUUCGCAUGGCACCGUCCUGACUUGCUCCUGUGCAGACAGUGGAUCAAGUGUCUGUCUGAAUGUGACGAAACAACGCGCUGUCUUCAACCAUUGUGGCGUGACACCAGCUCCUCCUGUUGCUACCAGCUCACCUACAAGUAAUACUAACACUCUACCUACUAAGGGCAGCCCUGGAGGAAGUGCAAAAGUGGCGGAACAUGUGCUAUCCGUUAUUGUCUCUGUUGUUAUUGGUCACGUUCUGCUGAUGCUGUAAACCGAGUCUUUUAUUGAAACAUUAUUUGGUAGAUGAGUUUUCUUGCAAACUACUUGGUAACUUGUUCGUGGACUGCCUGUUCUAAUUAGCUGUCAUUUGCAAAUUCAAAUUUAUUAGCUGUU